AUGCCAUCCACAAAUAACAUCGCCUUCACAGCUCCCAUCAACCCACCAGGACAAUCCCCCGUCCUGACCAUGGACCAAAUCUGGAAUGGGCUUCUCCUCAAAAUCCGCAGCGCAGAAACCUUCGUCCCAGCAGCGAUCCAAUCUACAAAGGUCGUAAGCGAAUCCUACGAUGACAAUGGCAACCCCGUGACCACCCGCGAUGUUUUUUUCCGCGAAGCUCAGAAGACAGUCCAGGAAACUGUUACCGCGUUCGAAGCUAGCCGUGUUCAGUUUGUGCAGCCUGAGGGGAGCACGAUCAAUAAUAUUAUCAGUGAGGGAGCCAAUGGGGAGCUGUAUAUGACUUACACCUUUGAGUGGAGACAUCCUGGUGUUUCCAAGGAAGAAUUGGCUGCUUUCGCUGAGAAGGAGAGGAAGAUGAGCCAGAUGGCUGUUGAGGGGACUAUUGAGGUGUUGAGAAAGUUGGCUGAGGAGAAGAAGCUCUAA